CUCUGCGCAGCCGCCGUCGCCAUGUUGAAUUGUCCCCUCAGAUGUCAACAGUCCGUGGAUUUGUCCAAUGGUGUGUCCCGUGUGUCCGGGUGGUGCACACAGCGGGUUCAUGAGCGUGGGUGUACAGGGGGACGGGUGUAAGCGCGGUCGGUACAGUUAGCUUGUCCCUGGUGGUCUCACUGUCUGCAGUGAUGAGUUCGUUGACUCAGCGGAGCUCGGGCCUGGUCCAACGGAGAACAGAAGCCUCCCGGAGCGCGGCGGUCCCAGAGGAGGAGGAGGCCCGGCGGACGGACGACAACGACAGCGACGACGCCGAGGACUCCAAAGAAACACGGCUCACACUGAUGGAGGAAGUGCUGCUGCUGGGGCUGAAGGACCGAGAGGGCUAUACAUCCUUCUGGAAUGACUGCAUCUCCUCCGGGCUGCGGGGCUGUAUGCUCAUUGAGCUGGCUCUGAGAGGACGCCUGCAGCUGGAGACCAACGGGAUGAGGAGGAAGGCUCUUCUGGCCAGGAAGGUGCUGUGUAAGUCUGACGCUCCCACUGGAGACGUGCUCCUGGACGAGGCCCUCAAACACAUCAAGGAGACACAGCCCCCAGAGACUGUGCAGAGCUGGGUGGAGCUGCUUAGCGGAGAGACAUGGAACCCUCUUAAGCUGCACUACCAGCUAAGGAACGUGCGUGAGCGCCUGGCCAAGAACCUGGUGGAGAAGGGAGUGCUGACCACUGAGAAGCAGAACUUCCUCCUGUUCGACAUGACCACACACCCGCUCACCAACAGCACCAUCAAGCACCGGCUCAUUCGCAAGGUGCAGGAGGCCGUGCUGGACAAGUGGGUGAGCGAGCCCCAGCGCAUGGACAAGAGGCUACUGGCCCUCAUCUUCUUAGCCCACUCCUCAGACGUGCUGGAGAACGCCUUCGCCCCCCUCCUGGACGAGCAGUACGACCUGGCUAUGAAGAGGGUCCGCCAGCUGCUAGAGCUCGAACCAGAGACCGAGAGCACCAAGCCCAACGCCAACGAGCUGCUGUGGGCCGUGGUGGCUGCCUUCACCAAAUGAACCAGGUCUAUGUCAUGUGGUGUGGUGGGCCCUCAACAAAUGAACCAGGUGUAUAUUAUGUGGGCCCUCAACAAAUGUACAAAGUGUAUAUCAUGUGGGCCCUCAACAAAUGAACCAAGUGUGUGUUGUGGGCCACACCAGAUGAACCAGGUCUGUGCUAUGUGGAGGGCCCUUAUCAGAUGAACCAGGUCUGUGCUGCGUGGAGGGCCCUCACCAGAUGAACCAGGUCUGUGUAAUGUGGGUCCCUCACUAAAUGUACCAGGUUUGUGCUGUGUGAAGCCUCACCAGAUGAGCUAGAUCUAUGCUGUGUGGUGUGGGCCCUCACCAGAUGAGCCAGAUCUAUUCUGUGUUUUGUGGGCCCUCACUAGAUGCACCAGGUCUGUGCUGUGAGCACUCACCAGAUGAGCCAGGUCUGUGCUGUGGGAGGCCUUCACCAGAUGAACCAGGUCUGUGCCAUAGACUGUAUAUAUGAGUAGCCAUAGCUAACCUGCUAGCCGCCGCAUUCCAAACAGGAAGUGAGCGCUUUUGACUCCAUUGACUUUGGCACCAAUUCACUUUUUACUGCAAAACCGUCCUCCCUCUUUGUAAAAUCUGCUGGCUCAUCAUUUUGAUCUUAAAUAUUAAUUUUAACCCACUUUAUACAGUCUAUGGUCUGUGCUGUGUGGGACCUCACUAGAUGAUCCAGGUCUGUGCGGUGAGACAUUGGACAGGCUGUGAAGGAGUAGGAGUAGGGAGUGUCUCUGGACUGCAUUUGAACUCUGAUCGUAGCCCACAGGAGACUACAGAUAUUUAACCAAUUUUUGCUUAAAGGUGCACCAUGCAACUUUUCAGGUGGAGAGUCACAUGCUUGCUUCAUGGAGAUGUUAUUGCUUUGUCUGGAAUGUUCUACACUAUGGAAUUACAUGUAUCUAUCUUACAUUUAUUUACUAGUGUUUGAAUAAAUGAAAAAAAUAAUAAUGCUAAAAAAUCCCUUGAAAGCAGGCUUGCCUUUCCACAGAUAUGACAUAACUUGGCCUGGCCCAUCUACGCAGUGUAGUAGCAAAAAAGUGCAUUUAGUGUUUGGUUCCACUUUAAUACUUUACUUUACUUUUGAGCAUUCCCGGCAAAGCAAUACCAUCUGCUACUGACAUGACCCUUCACCAGAAAAGUUCCAUACUACACCUUUAAAUGUACUAAUGUCCACUUUAGAGAUGAGCGUGGUGGAAUAUAUUUUCAUACUAACCAGGUCUUUGAACAAGAUAGACAUAACAUUUACUGUGUGACAACCCCAGCCUCAGACAACAGCAUCUUCCUCACUUAACGGGGUGUGUGUGUUCUAUGUUUGACCCUUCACUGCUGUGUUCAUGUGGUCAGAAAUGACAGGGUCACACACUGAACACACCUCACCUGUCCAUGAGCAGGUCUGCCAAACUGAACAGUGGUCUGAGGAGAGUUGGUUUAAAUGAAAGACUCGUUUAGAGACUAAUCGAUUUUAAGUGAGUUGAUUUAACUUGGUAACAACCAGGAAUUACUGUAGGGAACUAAUCUGAUUGGUCAAAAUUUGCCUAUUAAAUAACUGAUCUUUUUGAUUCCUUAAUUAUAAGCUACAGAAGAAAAAGGCCAAUAGGAAACCACCAUCUCUGUGAAUUUUACACUCAGAGUUUUGACUGUUUAAUUUGGAGGCUUGAAAAUAUUUGUGCUGAAUAUGUAAUAGGUGAUUACAAAAAAACAAAAAACAAAAAAAAAACAACACAUUGAAGAUGUGUUGAACUUACAAAUUUCAAACAGGGAAAUUCAACAGAAUUUUAAAUAAUCUUCCAUACUAAAAGCCCUGCUGCGGAACACUUAACCCCAAAAUAUAGACUAAUAUAGAAGCAUUUAUUAAUUACAGUUGUACUUUUCAAAGCUACCUUAAUUAACGUGUCCUUACUGUGAGGUCUGACUCGUAACUUGGCCUGGAAGUGGGGCAUCUACUUGUGUCCACAGAGAUGCUGCUUUGUGAUGCGCAGACUGUAUGACUGUACUUAUUUGCCUACAUUUGUGUCCAUCUUAAAAUGUUAUCUGUGUGUAGGAGUGCUAUAGGAGAGUGUUUGGUUCACCGACAUGUCUGUUUACUUUUGGUUUGUAAUAGUUGAGUUGACCAUAUAAUUGAGGGGCAUAUCACCUGAAAUGUUCCACAGUACGGAGCAUUUAAUACUUCUCAAGCAAAGGGCAAACUGUUGAUUGUAAAAGUAUGUUCCCAUUCCUCUCAUCGCUGGCAGAUCUCCACAAUUGAUCAUGUUUUUCUAUUCUCUGAAUGUGUUUGAUUUGUCCUGGGAUCAGUCUCUGAUAAGACAUACCUCAUGUGUGCAUCAGGCCUUACGGACCUGAGCCCUUCAGUGCCGUAGGGGGGUGGAGGGAGUCUGCGAUCUCAACACUGCUACAUCUUUGGACAGAGCAGUUUGUGUCUAACUCGCCUUGUGGUCAAAAGUGGUGCAUUUGGGGAUCAUUGCUGCAAUUUUUGUGUGUUUCUGUCUCCAUUUGGCAACACACUUAAUGACAACAUCUGUGUGAUUAAAACAAUGUGUGUGUGUUUUUACAAAUAUUAAAAUCUAAAAACAUUG